AUGAAAAACGCACUUGUCUCAGGAGCUAGUCUCUUCGUUGCCGCCGUCCAUGGCGCGGUCGUGGAUAAACGCGCAAGCUCAGGUACUGCCACUGUCAAUCUUGCAGUACCACAAGGCACCCCGAGCCAUCUCGCGUCAGGCUUUAUCUACGGUAUUCCUGAUACCCCGAAUCAGAUCCCGGACCAGUUCUACACAGACAUGGGAUUCAGGUACACUAGAGCGGGAGGGGCUCAGAUUCCUGCCAGAGGUUGGGCAUUUGGAAAAGAUGAAUUCGAGCAACGCUUCGACUCAUCCUUGAGUAACUACAAGACGGCUCGCAAGUAUGGAGCACGUGUCCAGCUGUUGUUGGCUGAUCUAUGGGGGGCCGAUGCUACCAUCCGCCUCGCCAUGCCCGGGGCCAAUGGCGACUGGUCCUCGUUCGAUGAGUUUUUGGACACCGUGCUUGCACGGAUUGACGAGAAUGAUAUGAUUGAAGGACUCGACUUGGAGAUCUGGAACGAGCCUGACGGACCUGGUUUCUGGCAGUCAUCUCAGGCUCAGUAUCUUGAGAUGUGGGGACGUGCGUUCCCAAAGAUCCGCGCUGCCUUUCCUGAUAUGCCUAUAGUCGGUCCCUCAAGCGCCGGUCAGCCGUCUACUUCCAAUCGCUGGGCUAAACGGUUCUAUCAGUUCAUCAAGACAAAUGGGAGUGUACCUGAUUAUUACACUUGGCACGAGGAGACAAGUGGCGAUGAGGUCACCAGAGAUGUUCGAAAUCUUGAGAAUCUCAUCGCUGAUGUAGGGCUACCUCGAAAGCCCUUCAUGAUCAACGAGUAUGCAGUCCGGAGCGAGCAAAACCCAGCUACAGCGGCGUGGUAUAUUUCCCGUCUCGAACGACAUAAUGUCAUCGGCCUACGAGGGCACUGGGCCUCGGGAUACUCUCUUCAUGACUACUUCGCAAACCUACUGAGCAAACCUGGUGCAACUGAUAAAUGUCGAUCGAACUCUUGUGCCACAUCUACUGGCUACUGGGGAAACGGAGAGUACAAUGUUUACAAGUACUACAACCUCAACAUGACCGGCAGUCGAGUACAAACAUCGGGCUCUUCGGACACGUUGUUUGACGUUUAUGCAACCUCGAACGGCAAGUCACGUUCAGCCAAGAUAUUGUGUGGGACACGACAUCAUGCCUCUACCUGGAGUGUUCAAAUCAUGAAUCUGGAUAAGGCUGGCUACCCGAAGAAUGGAAAGGUUAAGAUACAGAAAUACCAGUUUGGCUUCGGGAACGGAAAGUUUGAUCGUGUAUCUGUAGUAGAUCUUGGGCUCCAGGAGUAUACCUCGAAAAAUAACCAGCUGACUUUUGAUGUGACUACUAAUAAUAUAGCAGCUUAUGCUUUUGAGCUUAUUUAG